AUUAACAGACAAUGGUUGUUGAAUGAUUGCUGUGGCGUUAAGUCGUAUCCAGGAACAGGAUACCCCAUUUUCUGUUGUGUUGUAUUCACAAGUUGCUUCAACUUUGCAACACUUGCAACACUGACAUGCCGUGGAACGGAGAGGGGUCACACUGCCCAGGUGAUGGCGCUGCGAGCAUGUGGAUUCAUUAUCUUUCGCCGUCUGGCUCAAUCUCCUCCAGAUAACAUUGAAUACCUACUCCUGCAGACGUCCUAUGGGGAACACCACUGGACCCCACCCAAAGGUCACGUGGACCCUGGUGAGGAUGACCUCACCACUGCACUCAGGGAGACGCGUGAAGAAGCUGGUCUCGGUGAGGAACAUCUGCGCAUCGCUAACAACUUCCUGAAGGAGUUACGAUACCAGGUGCGUGGGAAAGACAAGACAGUACUCUAUUGGCUGGCUGAGCUCCGGGACCCUGCCAUGUCUGUGACGCUGUCUGAAGAGCACCAGGACCACCGCUGGGCGCACCUAGAGGAGGCGUGCAAGCUAGCGUCUUACAAGGAUCUCCAAGAGACCCUGAGAGAGGCCCAGCACUUCCUGGAGACUGGGGAGAAGAAGGAGUGAACAGUCUCAGGCAGAAAUGUACAAUUACACUUUGAUACUGGGUUGAGUGGCAGAGGUUAGAGAUGGGUGUUCAGGGAAUGAAUACUGUGUUGUACUGUAAUGUGAUCUCUCUUGUAGUACUGUAUGACAAACCAUUGUAUACUACAUAGUAGGUAUGUUUACCUGAGGUUUGUAAAUCCAUGGAUAAAACAGACAAAUUAAUUAAUACAUUUAUGUAUUCAAGGCAGCCAUUCAAGAGUGUGACUUCAUAAGCCAUGGGCAUGGUAGGCUCAUGCAGUAAAUUAUAUGUACUCAAGGAGUACUGUUCUGUACCCCACCAUUUUCAGGCCCUCAGAUUAUACCAUGGUCUGGUAUUUAGCCAUCUGAUGAGAUAUAUGAGAGCAAGGCCAGCCUCUUUCCUUCCCUUUCAUUUUUUCUCCCUGUUCAGUUUUCUUGCACUGUUUUCCAAAUGAAAUCUCAGCUCUCUGACAA